AGGGGACAGCUCCGUUGCUUAAAUCCAGAGGGAGGCACAGGCGGAGCAUCUCUGGGUAUCACUCGCUGAAUUGAACACAACACAUUUGGAAAUCUGUUUGUCAUUUAGUGGCACGCUCCAGGACGCACCUAUGCAGAUGGCUGCAACACAGCAAGAGGGCUCGGACCAGAACUUUGAUUAUAUGUUCAAACUGCUUAUCAUCGGCAACAGCAGUGUAGGAAAAACUUCCUUUCUCUUCCGCUAUGCCGAUGAUUCCUUCACCUCUGCUUUCGUCAGCACUGUGGGCAUAGAUUUCAAAGUGAAAACAGUCUACAAGAACGACAAGCGGAUCAAACUACAGAUAUGGGACACAGCGGGUCAGGAGCGAUACCGGACCAUUACCACAGCAUACUACAGAGGAGCUAUGGGCUUCAUCCUGAUGUAUGACAUCACCAACGAGGAGUCCUUCGGUUGUGUGCAGGACUGGUCCACCCAGAUUAAGACGUACUCAUGGGACAACGCCCAGGUAAUCCUGGCGGGGAACAAGGCUGACAUGGAGGAGGAGAGAGUGGUGUCAGUGGAUAGUGGUCGAAUGCUGGCCGAACAGCUUGGGUUUGAGUUCUUCGAGACGAGUGCCAAGGACAAUGUCAACGUAAAACAAACAUUUGAGCGUCUCGUCGACCUCAUCUGCGACAAGAUGUCCGACAGUUUAGAGACUGACCCAUCUGUCACCACAGGAACGUCCAAUGCUAGGCUAACUGACAACCCUCCUCCCUUGCAGCAGCCCAACUGCGGUUGUUAACCAGGAAAAUGACAACAAUCUAAGACGUAUGAGAUUGCCAAAAUAUUGUAUUAUCCCUUAGGUAGAUCUGUAAUACCUUAAAUUGUAUUAUUCUUCAUAUCUGACUUCUGAUGUGCCUAGUACAUUUUUUCAGAUUUUUUUUAUGUUUCAAAUUGUCUGACACAUAUGUUGUACGUUCACAAAACUGAAAAAUAGACAUGUACAGUAAUGCCAUGUCAGUAUGCGAUGACCAUGAAUCACUAAUGUCACGUCAGUCGGUACAUUUAUCUAUUUAUUUAUAUAAAACAGAAAUACAGGAUCUUCUAUAUACUAUAUUAACCAGAGAAAAUAGUGUGUUGUUUAUGGAAUGCUCUGUCAAUGACAUGAUGAUCUGUGUAUGGUUAAGUUGCCAGUUCCCUCUUGCAUAUCCUGUAUUUCUUCCCUCCCACUAUUCCUGCUGUGUGUGUGUGUGUGUGUGUGUUUGCGUGUGUGUGUGUGCGUGUGUCACUUUUAAGCAUUGAACAUUACCGUAAAAAAGUAUUACCUACCUUACGAAAGUGAUGCCUUUCAGUUAGUUGUUUGUAUAUUGUUUCAUAUUUUUUCCAUCGCCACACUAGAUGUGAAACCCAUGUGAUUAUCUGUGGUUAGAAUGGACCAAUGUGAUUAUCUGUGGUUAGAAUGGACCAAUGUGAUUAUCUGAGGUUAGAAUGAACCAAUGUGAUUAUCUGUGGUUAGAAUGGACCAAUGUGAUUAUCUGAGGUUAGAAUGAACCAAUGUGAUUAUCUGAGGUUAGAAUGAACCAAUGUGAUUAUCUGUGGUUAGAAUGGACCAAUGUGAUUAUCUGAGGUUAGAAUGGACCAAUGUGAUUAUCUGAGGUUAGAAUGAACCAAUGUGAUUAUCUGAGGUUAGAAUGAACCAAUGUGAUUAUCUGAGGUUAGAAUGAACCAAUGUGAUUAUCUGUGGUUAGAAUGGACCAAUGUUAUUAUCUGAGGUUAGAAUGGACCAAUGUGAUUAUCUGAGGUUAGAAUGAACCAAUGUGAUUAUCUGAGGUUAGAAUGAACCAAUGUGAUUAUCCGAGGUUAGAAUUAACCAAUGUGACUAUCCGAGGUUAGAAUGAACCAAUGUGAUUAUCUGUGGUUAGAACCAAUGUGAUUAUCUGUGGUUAGAACCAAUGUAUUUAUCUGUGGUUAGACAGAUGCAUGGCUUUAUUCUCAGGAUAUUAAUAAAGUAGUUUGUUCAGUGACUGUGGAUUAGCUGCCAUAGUAUAACAGUUGUCUAAUACUAACAUGUACAGUAAUAUAUAGUAGGAUCGGUAGGUAGUCAUGAUACUACUGCCAGUGUGGUAUUUAACAGUUUACUUUAUUAAAUAAGUGGUACAUUUAAUGUGGCUGUAAAGUGGUAUGAUUACUAACCCGAUGACUGUUGUUUGAAAACAGUAUGCAUCUGUGAGUGCAGAGAACAGUUUCUGAUGUGUUUCUCAAUGUUAUAUCUAUGUACAAGCAAUGGUCUGUGCAAUACUGCCAACUGGUCAGUCAUCUGGAGUAACUAAGACCUAAUCAUUUCUGCAGUGCGGAAUCCAUUGUAGGUCAUCCUCAGUUGUCAGCCGUAAGUUUCAGUCUGGGUUUACGGAUGUCCUCAAAUGGGUUCCGUACUGCAGUGCUAGGUCCAGUGCUGCGACUGUUAAUGAAAUGGUCCUAAAUUAACAGCAGAAAGCUCAUAAUAAUGCCAGUUCCUGGAACAAUACAGAUUGAGAGACAUUGUGAGACAUACAGAGAACCCAAGGAGAGGUCCCAGACAACUAUUUCAGGGAUGUGAGUCACGGCAUCAAUAUUUCAAAAGUCUGACCUGACGUGACUACAGGAUUAUGAAUAAGGAGCCACUUCCAUAAUUCAUACCAUCUCAUUCUCUGGACUUCACCUCAAAUACUUUUUAUUAGACACUCCUUCUGACAUGAUUCACCAUUCAUUUACUGUACUUGCAGUAAUGUUUUACUUCUGUUUUCGACUCUGUUACUUUUCUAUUGUUAUAGAAAAGUUCCCUUGAAGAAACCAGAGACAGUUAUCCUAAAUGGACCCCUACGUGCCAAUGUGCUAUAAAACAAAUAGAAAGGAAGCUGUUUUUAGGUGUUGUGAGAUUAUUUUGUGAAAAAGGGUAUGUUACUAUUAGCUAGACCAAGUGUCAUGCCAAAUAGUGUCUUGUGUCGAUUGUUGCACUUGUGAAAACGAACUGCCUCUGAAUCGUUGCAUUUUCAGUAGCAAACAAUUUUCAGCAGCACACUUGCAUGAAAUUGUGCAAGAUCUAUUUCUAUAUAUCUAUAUCGGUAUACUUAUUGUAUUGUAUUUGUGCACCUUCAGGUCUCGUCUUGAGGUGCAAUGGGCCAAUAAGUGCAAUAUUUUAAAAGCCUGUUUCUCUGUGAAUAGCCAUCAGUCUGUGCCAUGCAUAACUGUUAGGAUUGAAUUCCUUUUUACGAGUGGUGUGUGAGUAGGGGUUCAAUGGGCCAGGGGCGUAGUGGAAAGUCUCCUACUUUUGUAGCAGAAAACGUAAGACGAGUCCUAAUAGUGGAACAAGAGAAAGCAAGUUCCGAUGUCUUCCCAACUGAACCCCAGUGGGCAUGACUGUGAUGUGUGAUAGUGAGAAAAUGCAGCCUGUCAGAAAGCCAAGUAAUUUUCUCACAAUGUCAACACUGUUAUCUAAAGACGGGAAACCUCUCUAGAUGGUUCCGCUGCCAAGACAGUUGUCGACAAAGUGGUAGAGAGAAUGCUGUACGUGUGAAUGAGAGAUAAUUCUGUGUGUGAUUGGCUGCCUCCCCUUGUACAUUCAUCCACCUCCUUGAUGAAAUAUAUACUAUUUGUUGUUUUAUAGACUUCAGCAUGUGUACAGCUUUAUAUUGUGUUUUCUGGUGCAGUAACAACAGCCCUCUUAGUAUGCGGGUCCCAAGAUAUUGAAGUGUUGUCUGUUCAGCUUCUGUGAAACAUUGAGACAGAGAUGAAGCCUUACUACGGUAUAUGCAGUAUGGACAGAAAUAAGACAAACUGGUUAAUAACAGGUCACUUUAGCCUUUGUUAAUGAAUAAGUCAUAAAACGGCAUUGUCAUUCCAUUCAUAACACACACAAAAAGAGAAACAGCGUACUUCUCUGUAUACCAGGGGCUCUAAUGAUAACACACUAAUGAUCAAAUGUUGACCCCCUUGACCCCUCUUAGGUUAAUUGGCACUCUACUAUGUACAGUACGGUGUCCUUGACAGCAGGUCACUUUCCCUUCACCUUUUUGAAACAAUUGUUUGUAGUGCGCUGCUCCUCGGUCUGGCAUUUUCUGCUUUGUGUACGUGGAGAAGGCAGUUCAGAGAUCCUAGCCUGCCCUAUUCUGCCGUCGCAUCUGUUCAAGCGUAACGCCAGCUGCUCACCUCACCAAUAUUCUCUGGGACCUUUCCUCCAUGUAGCCUAACACAAUUAGAAUUCAAGCGGUGAACAAACCCUCAAAAGCUUCUCACAAAUUCCCCAUACAACUGCUAAAUGUCGUUUUCUCCUGCUGUUCUUUCACACGUUCUCAACAUGUCUGUACUGUAGCUGGGAGUGUUUGAAUCGGACUCUUCGGCUGUAGAGACACACUGGUAGUAAUAAAACGUGUCAAUGGCGUGUCUGGUAAAAAAAAAAGAAGUCAAGCGGUUUCUUUGAAUUCUUGAUUUGUAUAAUAGCUAUCCUAUAACAGAAAAUGUUUGCUGUAUCUCUUUUGCGUCUUCAGAUGGACCGAAACUGAUAAUACAUCAUUGUACUAUUAUAGUGACCUACAGUAUUCUAUUUUCCUUGUAUGAACUACUCAUGAGCUGGAUAUUUACUUUUAUGUGUAUGUGACAUGAUGUAUUACACAGGUGUUUUCAAGAUGACAAUAAAAAUAUACCAAUUGUA